CCGGUCAUCACCAUCCUUCCCCCUCCCUUUCUCUCAAAAAAACUUCUCUCUCUCUCUAGCCCAGCCAGGAAUGGAGAAGGCGUCGCCGGAGCUGGACCUGGACAAGCUGAGGGCGAUUAAGGUCCUGGGCAAGGGCGCCAUGGGCACCGUUUUUUUGGUCCACGACCAGGCAGCUGACCCUUCUGCCAGCUGCCCGUUUGCCCUGAAAGUGGUCGAGAAAUCCUUCCUCCACACCAAACUCGACGCCGACCGUCGCGCACGGUGGGAGAUAUCCGUUCUCCGCCGCCUCAACGACCCGACCCACCCGUUCCUCCCCACCCUCAUCGGAUCCUUAGAAUCUGACGAGUUCUUCGCCUGGGCCGUCCCCUUCUGCCCCGGCGGGGACCUCAACGUCUUGCGCUACCGCCAGAACGAUCGCGUCUUCUCGCCCACAGUCAUACGCUUCUACGUCGCCGAGAUCGUUUGCGCGCUCGAACAUCUACACAAAAUGGGUAUUGCCUACCGAGAUCUCAAGCCGGAGAAUGUGUUGAUUCAACAUUCCGGCCACAUCACCCUUACGGACUUCGACCUUUCCCGGAAUCUGACGCCGAGGACGAUGAAGACCCUCAUCGCCGUGGAACCCGUCGAAGCCGAGAUCCCCGCGGGUCGCCGGAAGCACCGCCGGCACCUGACGCGCCUCAUCGCCGUCGCGUCCGACAAGAAGGGGCUGAAGAAGGCCAAGUCCGCUCGAGUCUCGCCGGUGAGCCGCCGGAAACAGAGUUUUUCGAACGGCGAACGAUCCAACUCGUUCGUCGGCACGGAGGAGUACGUGUCGCCUGAGGUCGUGCGCGGCGACGGCCAUGAGUUCGCCGUCGACUGGUGGGCCCUGGGAAUACUUUCGUACGAGAUGCUCUACGGAAAGACGCCGUUUCGGGGCAAGAACAGGAAGGAAACGUUUCGCAACGUCCUGAUGAAACCUCCGGAGUUCAUCGGGAAACCGACGGCUCUCACCGACUUGAUCGGACGGCUCCUGGAGAAAGACCCCACAAGGCGGUUAGGGUACUACGGCGGCGCAUCGGAGAUCAAAGAGCACGAGUUCUUCCGAGGGCUCAAAUGGGAUCUGCUGACGGAGGUUGUCCGGCCACCGUUUCUGCCGUCAAAAGAGGAGGAAUGCGUAACGGGAAAGUUAACGGCCGGCGGCCUCGAUAUAAGGGAAUACUUCCAAAAGUUGAGAGCACCUCCGUCGUUGCCACCGUCGCCGUUACGGUCGCCGUCGUUUGAUCAACUUCGAAACGUUUCGUACACGGAGUUUUGAUACACGUGUAAUAGUUUGUAAUUUUUUACUCACUAUUUCAGUGUACAUAAAAUAACGGAAGAAGGUGAAAAACGGCAUUAGUCAAAAAUAGAUGUAUUAUUAAAAAAAAAAAUUAGUAUAUAUACUCGUAGGUUCGUAUACGAUUACGCAUUUGGUCGUCGUAUAAACAGGCUAUUUAUUCGGGGAAUUUUUAAGUUCUUAUUCCUUGCAUGA